AUGGUCUCCUUAGCACGAACAGUCAGACAUUUCAGGCAGGUUGGGUUCAGGGAGUGGUUCAGGCAAAUGACCUACAUUGGUGAUUCCAAGGCUGGAAGGCUUGUGGGCACCGACCAAUUUGGCAACCGAUACUUUGAAAACACCGACCCUGCGGAGGAGAUUCCUGGUCGUCACAGAUGGAUCGACUACUCCCAAGAUGAUUUCAACGCCUCCCAAGUUCCCCCCGAAUGGCACUCUUGGAUCUCUCACAUCCGUCAACACCCUCCCACUGAAGAUGCUAUCAUGAAGGCCUCGACUCCACCAUGGAAGGCUGCUUUUGUGGAGAACAUGACUGGUACCAGGGGAAGCUUCAAGACAUACUCCACCACUGCUCCCAAGGUCAACGCUUGGGAACCUGUCGUGAAGCCUCGAGGUUCUCAACCCCAGGCUUAA